AUGAUGGGCACUCCUCCCGCCGGCCAACCCCGCCGCCUCCCGGCCACACCAUCCUCCGCCGCUUCUUUCCCCGAGGGCCGCCGGUCCCUUCCCCGAGCGCCGUCGCCCCUCCCCACGCGCACGGCUUCUUCCCCUGAGCGCCGCCGGCCCCUUCCCCCGAGCACCGCCGCCCGUCCCCACGUGCACGACUUCUUCCCCCGAGCAUCGCCGCCCCUCCCUCGCGCGCCGCUCUGCAGCGGCCAUCGAUCUCGCGCUGCCGCCCCUACGCACGCGCCUCUGCCCCAUGCCGUCCCCGACCUGCGCCGCCUGAAUCGCUGCGACGCGCUGCCGCAUGAAUACAUGUGGGCUGUCGUCGGCCGGAGCCCCCCACGGGACUGCUCGACUCCCUUCCGCGCCGACAUCGGAAGCCCCGCAGCGGCGCAGCCCAAAGCCUGCUCCCACGCCGGCGGCUGA